GACGCGACCACCUUCAUUCCCUCCCCGACUCUUUCACCCUUUUUCUUCACGGAAUUCGUCUCUUGCAGUUCAUUCGACUGCGUCUUUCUUUACUUUCUUCUCUCGAUUCUUCAUUCGCAUUUCUCUUUGCUUUGCCACAGCAGGAUUCAUCAGAAUUCAGAGAUGGCUGAACCAGAAUACACUGUUGCAUCUGAUAAUGAAACAAGUGGGAAUGAGAAAUCUUUUGCUACUUAUCCAGAAACUGCUAUUGGAAUUGACAUUGGUACAUACACGUCUAGUGUUGCUGUCUGGAAUGGAUCCCAAGUGGAGAUUCUUAAGAACGCUAGAAGCCAGAGGAUAAUGCGAUCAUAUGUUAUAUUCAAAGAUGAUGAUACAUCAAGUGGAGUAAGCAACUCAUUCUCCCAUGAGCUUGAGAUGCUUUCUGGAGCUGCAAUGUUCAACAUGAAGCGCCUGAUAGGCAGAGUUGACACUGACCCAGUUGUUCAUGCCAGCAGUAAUGUUCCUUUUCUGGUUCAAACUUUGGGCAUUGGUGUCCGCCCAUUGGUUGCAGUCUUGGUGAAUAAUGUGUGGAGGUCCACUACUCCUGAAGAAGUUCUUGCAAUAUUCCUAAUAGAACUAAAAGCCAUGGCUGAAGUUCAUUUGAAAAGGCCCGUAAGAAAUGUUGUCUUAAGCAUUCCUGCUUCAUUCAGUCGGUUCCAACUAUCACGCAUUGAUCGAGCAUGUGCUAUGGCUGGCCUCCAAGUCCUCAGAUUAAUGCCUGAACCUACUUCUGUUGCAUUGUUAUACACACAACAGCAGCAACAGGCUGUACAAGGAAAUAUGGGAAGUGGUAGUGAGAAGAUUGCUCUUAUUUUCAACAUGGGUGCUGGGUUUUGUGAUGUAGCUGUAACUGCCACAGCUGGAGGGGUUUCCCAGAUAAAAGCUUUAACUGGAGCUGCUAUUGGAGGAGAAGAUAUACUACAGAACGUGAUGCGCCAUCUUGUGCCAAAUUUAGAUAGUCUUUUCUCUAACCAUGGAAUUAAUGAGAUCAAGGCUCUGAGUUUGCUUCGUCUUGCAGCCCAGGAUGCUAUCCACAGGCUAUCCACCAAGAACAAUGUACAAAUUGAUGUUGACUUGGGAAAUGGAACCAAAAUAUGUAAGGUGGUGGACCGGGAGGAAUUUGAGAUGAUAAAUAGUAGCAUAUUUGAAAAGUGCGAGAGCCUUGUUGUUCAGUGCUUGCAAGGAGCAAAGGUAGAAGUAGAGGAUGUUGCUGAUCUAAUACUAGUUGGUGGAUGUUCAUGUAUACCAAAAAUAAGAAAUCUUCUCAAGGGUAUAUGUAAAAAGGAUGAGCUUUACAAUGGGAUCAACCCGUUGGAAGGUGCAGUCUGGGGAGCUGCCUUGGAAGGAGCAGUUACUUCAGGCAUUUUUGAUCCCAUGGGAAGCUUGGAUCUUUUAACAAUUCAGGCGACACCUCUUGGCAUUGGAAUUCGAGCUGCUGGAAACAACUUUGUACCCAUUAUUCCGAAGAACAGCACAAUGCCAGUUCGAAAAGAGUUGGUCUUCACUACUGUUAGUGACAACCAAACAGAGGCAGUUAUUGCUGUCUACGAAGGUGAAGGGAAGAAAGUGGAAGACAAUCAUCUGCUAGGAUAUUUCAAAAUACUGGGAAUCCCACAAGCACCAAAAGGAGUUCCGGAGAUAAAUGUGUGCAUGGAUAUCAAUUCUUUAAGCGUACUGAGAGUGUUAGUUGGAGUGAUGCUGCCUGGGACUCAACAUCCUCCUGUUCCUGCGAUUGAAGUAAGAAUGCCAACAGUCGAAGAGGGCCAUGGUUGGUGUGCUGAAGCUUUACACAGGAUUUACGGGUCAAAUAUGGAGUUGGUGACAGUUAAAAGGAAGAUAUAAGAGAGGUGAUAAGAAAAAGAAUUGGCAAUGCUUUUCACAUUUCUUUUCUGUUUUUUUCUCUUGUGCCAGGAGUUGUGAAGGUGAGUAAGUGCUUCUUUACUGUAAAAAGAUUUGUCGUUAUUGUAACUAAAUGAAACAGUACAUGUUCGGAGCUGUUUUUGUGGUGCUUGUAAAUUCCAAAAUGGUUUUGAUAUGAUUCACUGGA